AGCAUUUUAAUCAGUUUGAGCAGGAGAAAUGGCUGACGAUCAGGAUUUUUUCGAUUGUCCGAUCUGUUUUGAAUUAAUGCAGGAGCCAGUGACGACCACUUGUGGACACAGUUACUGUAUGAAAUGCAUCAAUGCCUUCUGGGAUAUAAAUAACAAUGGAGGAUACAGCUGCCCUCAGUGUAGGCAACGUGUCACAGAGAGGCCUCUGCUGAAGAGGAACACACUCCUGGCUGCCCUGUUGGAGGAAAAAAGGAAAAACAACAGUCAAAGAGCUGCUGCUGAAGCUGAAGACACCUAUGCUGAAUCUGGGGAUGUUGCAUGUGAUGCCUGCACAGAGAGAAAAAGGAAAGCCUCUACGAUUUGUCUUGUGUGUUUGGCUUCUUACUGUGAGACUCAUCUGAAGCCUCACUUUGAAGUACCACCAUUAAAAAAACACAAACUGACAAAAGCCUCUCACUGGAUACUGGAAAGGAUCUGCAGACGUCAUGACAAACUUAUGGAGCAUUACUGCCGCACUGAUCAGCAGUUUAUUUGUCUGCAGUGUGUGGAGGAUGAGCACAAAGAUCAUGACACAGUGACAGUUACAGCAGAAAAGCAUAAAAUGCAGAGACAACUUGACUGGACUAAACAGGAAAUAGCAGACCGAUUGCUGUAUUUGGAAGGGAAAAAGGUGGAGCUGAGGCAGGCUGCAGACUCUGUAAGAGACGCUGCUUGGCAGGGGUAUGGUGACUUUCAGCGACGGUGUGAAGAACACAUUCGUUUUGUGCAGAUCAAGUGCUUGGAGAUGAGAGAAAAAGCUGAAGAUGCAGAGAAAUCUGGAGCUGACCAAACCAACGGUCAUCUCGGGGAACUUCAGCAAGAAGAGUUUGAGCUGAGGAAGAGAGAGGAUAAUCUGGACCAGCUUUCAUUGAAAGAGGACCAUCUUAUCCAGUUUCUUAAGGGUUUCGAGGCUCUGGGUGACCUCCCUGCAUUCACAGACUCACAUAAAAAACUUGACACAUUGACAGAGUUUGUCAGGGAACAGAGAGAUAACGUGAAAAAUAUUUUUGAGAACGCAAAGAAUGACAUUUUCAGCCAUUUUGAAAAAAAUGAGCUCGUCAAGUUGGAGCUGGAUCCAAACACAGUAGCUGCAUGUCUUUGCUUGUCUGACACAAAUGAUGAGAUAUCCUGGGGAUGCCAUGACCAGGCUCAUCCUGAUCACCCUGACAGAUUCACCCACCAUUACCAGGCUCUGUGCAAGAACGCCCUCAGUGGGAGCCACUACUGGGAGGUGGAGUGGGAUGGUGGCUUUGUGGACUUGGCCGUGUCGUACAAACGCAUCCAAAGAAAGGGCUCAGGGAAAUAUUCCUGCUUUGGCCAUAACAAAUUUUCCUGGAAAUUAACCUGCUCUUCAUCUGGGUGUGUGUUUUGGCACAAUAGUCUUCACAAAGGCCAAAUUCCUCCGGCUCUCUGCCGAAAAGUGGGUGUUCAUCUUGACUACAAAGCUGGGA